AUGGACGCCUCGGACGAACCCGAGCGUUGGUGCCUCCAAAUGUACAACAAAAUUGCUUCGGCUCCUGGAGAUUUGACGGGUCUCAAUGUGUUGGAAGUGGGAAGUGGACGCGGUGGUGGAUCCUCCUAUACCAAAAGGUAUCUUCAUCCCGCAAAAAUGACGGGUCUGGAUUAUUCCUCCAAAGCCGUCGAUUUUUGCCAAGAAAAACACGCCAAAAACGUCCCCGGGUUGACCUAUUUGCAGGGGAAUGCCGAAGACUUGCCCUUUGGAAAUGACGAAUUUGAUGUGGUCAUCAAUGUGGAAUCUUCCCAUUGCUAUGGCCAUUUUGACAAGUUCUUAUCCGAAGUAUACCGUGUCCUCAAACCCGGUGGUCAGUUUUCCUGGGUGGAUAUUCGCAAACCUGAUGCGCUGCCGGGUGUGGAAAAAGAGUUUGCCAAGUCUGGCUUUACCGAACUAAAAUCGGAGGAUGUCACCAAAAAUGUGGUGGCUGCCAUGUCCAAAUCAGGGGAGAAUAGAUUGAAACUCAUUCAACGUCGCGUCCCCAAGUUUGCACAACCCAUCUUUCACAGUUUUGCCGGAGUGGAGGGAACGCAACCCUACAAGGAACUCACCAACAGAGAAGUCGUCUACACUCAUAAACUACUGAAGAAGGCCAGCGACUAA